CAUAAUGUGGAAUCUUUUAAACUUUCUAGGGUAGUCUGCAUCUUUUGUUGAUAAAAAGUGUUGAAACCAACGGAAUAAACAAACCGAGCGCUAAAAAUGGAGAGGGGCAUUUUUAUUUUAAACUUUAACCCGACCAAAAUAUUAUCGCCGCGCUUAUAAAUUUUAGUCGCGAACAGAUGUGCAUAGACGUAUGUUGUACUGAAACGUGAACUGCGCAACGCGUGUGCUAGUCUAGUCGAUACUUUUAAAUACUUCGUUACGUUUGUUUACCUCUCGAUUUCUGUACGGUUUUUGACGUUUUUUGUUAGAUGACUUAGUGCUAGUGAUAUAUUAAAAUGGAAUUGCAUUCUAGGAACACAUCCCUGAGGCAUUUGCCGAAAAGACCUCCUGUCGAUAUCGAAUUUCACGAUGUCAGUUACACUGUGCCCCAAGGAAGAAAAGGAUCCAAAUUAAUUUUAAGAAGCGUUAAUGGAAGUUUCCAGGCUGGACAAUUGACAGCAAUUAUGGGUCCUUCUGGAGCUGGAAAGAGCACAUUGUUAAAUAUACUAGCAGGAUAUAAAACACAGGGAGCGACAGGGCAAAUCUUGAUAAAUGGAGCGACUAGAAAUUUAAAACAAUUUAGGAAAAUGUCUAGGUAUAUUAUGCAAGAGGAUAUGAUCCAACCAUUGUUGACUGUGGAAGAAGCGAUGAUGAUAGCAGCAAAUUUAAAGUUAGGAAACACGUUGAGUCUAAGCGAUAAAUCUUCAGCGAUAGAUGAAAUUUUAAGUUUACUACGAUUAGACAAAGCAAAAAGGACUGGUACAAGUAGGUUAUCCGGUGGAGAACGAAAAAGGUUAUCGAUAGCUUUGGAAUUAUUAAACAAUCCUCCUGUUCUAUUUCUGGACGAGCCAACUACGGGUUUAGAUGAUCUGUCAUGUUCCCAGUGUAUUUCAUUACUGAAAAAGAUCGCCGAAGGUGGUCGAACUGUGAUUUGCUCUAUACAUACACCAAGUGCCAAAAUAUUUUCACAAUUUGACAACGUCUACAUUUUAUCUGACGGACAAUGCGUGUAUCAAGGUUACGGACCCGAAGUAGUAUCCUAUUUAAGUAAAGUAGGAAUUGAAUGUCCUAAAACCUAUAACCCAGCAGAUUUUAUUAUAGAAGUUUGCUGUAACGAAUAUGGUAAUUUCCAAGAACGGAUGGUAUCUGUGAUAGACAAUGGUCGUAAUAUUUAUAGAACUAACGGUAACUUACCACAACUACAAGAAGUCGAACUUGCCAACGAUAGUCUAGAAAAUCGAAGCAGUAUUUCAUCAAUAUCAAUAAGAGAAGAAGUUUACGCGGAUUUAAGUUCUUCAGAUUUUAAUCACGAGUCUUCAUGGUUUAGCCAAUUCUGGAUCUUAACCACCCGGUUAUGGAUGCAGAUGUGGAGGGAUAAAACUUACUUAAUAAUGAGGACUGUCCUAUAUAUAAUCCUUGCUCUUCUAAUAGGAUCACUAUAUUAUAAAAUGGGUCAGGAUGGGUCCAAAACCAUCUUUAAUUUCGGUUUUUAUUACUGCUGCAUUAUAUUUUUCAUGUAUAUUCCAAUGAUGCCAAUUCUACUGCAAUUUCCUCAAGAAAUUCAGUUAGUGAAGAGAGAACAUUUUAACAAAUGGUACCGACUUAGUGCAUAUUUCUCAGCAUUGUCUUUUUCGACCGUGCCUGUACAACUUUGUCUUGGAGUUGUGUAUGUAUCGUGUGUUUACCUUUUAACUGACCAACCGUUAGAGUUUCGGAGGAUGUCAAUGUUCUUUUUCAUUUGCAUUUUGACCAGUGUAAUUUCCGAAAGUCUUGGACUUCUGAUUUCUGCUCAACUGAAAGUUGUGAAUGCUGUGUUUAUGGGACCAGUAUCUGCUGUUCCUUUCAUGCUACUAGCUGUCUACGGAUUCGGAUCUGGUUACGACACUAUUCCAUCUAUAAUAAAAUUCUUCAUGCACUUUAGCUACCUCAGGUACUCGCUCGAAGGGUUGAUUCACGCCAUGUUAAAAGAUAGAGAAAAGCUAAGCUGUCCGGAUACUGAAGAAUACUGUAUAUACACAGACCUCAACUUAUUCGUUAGGGACAUGGGCAUGGAAAACACUAUUUAUUGGGUUGACGUUUUAGUGCUAAUUUUUAUUUUAAUCCUCUUCAGGGGUGGUAGUUAUUAUCUAUUACGACAAAGAUUAACUCCUAACAAAACCUUUAGAGCUCUACAAUAUAUUGGAAGAUUGGUUAAAUCACAGUUUGGACUAGCGCGAUGAUAAGCGAAAGUUGGUUUAUGUCUUUAGUUAAUCUUAUUAUAUUUUAAGUGAUAUUAUUAUAUAGGAUAUUAGGAACUUGGGUAACUGUCUAUUAAUUUAAGUGAUAUUUUUAAAGGAUCAUUGUUAUAACUUUGUAAAAUAUUGUAGUCAGAAUUAUUUUUAUAUACACUCAUCGGCACAAAAUUCCGCCACUAAAAAUUUUUGAUUAAGUUUGACAACUUAUAACUUUAUUAUUUGUACUCCGAUUUUCAAGAUUCUUACAUCAGUUUGUAGGUACGUGUAUUAGUACCGUUUGCUAUUACUCCGGUAACAAAAUUUUUUGCUUAGAUGGAAUUAUACGGGGUUGAGUGGAAGCAUUGCAUUUUCACCUAACUUUAAAAAAUUCUAUGGAAAAAUUGAAGAGCUGAUUUUGUUUCAUAGUCCUUUCAGUAGCUAGCUCCACAGGUGCCCCAUAUCAAAGUAUGUCGCGGGCCUUUUUCCACCACUGAUAUGGCAUAGUGCUAAAAAAAAUUUCAACAAAAGAAGCAAAAACGCUUCUAUAUAAUAGAAUAGAAAUAUGCUUUAUUAUCACUAAAAAUUUUACAAUUUUAUGGACAAAGCUUACAAAGAUUAGGAAAAAAACAAUAACAAAUACAGUUUACUGAAAUUACAAAAAUCAUCAAUAUUACUACAAAAUAAAAGAUAAUGAAAUAAAACAAAACAAUAUAGGGUGUUUCAUUAUUAAUUGGAAAUAUUUUAACUGUAGAUUCGUGGACUCAAAAUAUUAUGGAUUAACCCAACAUCACCUACCCCGAAAAUGCUUCCUAAGGGAGCUGGAGUUCUUUGAAGAUGGAGACUUUUAAUCAGAUUUUUUUAAAUACAUACCUCUAGAAUACUUCUAUUUAGAAAAACGAAAACUGGUACGUCUCUUUGUCUUCCAGAUAUCGAUUUCAUAAAUUGUGAAUUUCUAGUACCGGUCAUAUGCGUCCUCUUUGGGUAGGGCAACGGUUAUUUUAUCGCAUAACUUUUUUGUCUUUGACUUUUAAGCAUUUUUGACACUGAAUUGUUAAAUCGUGAGGUAUUCUAGUACCAAAAGUUACUCUUACUUUAAGUCGGUAGGAUACACCGUCUUCUAGAAAAAUCAAUUUGAAAAUGUUUCAUUUUUUGAAUUUGAACAAAAUUCGAAAAAUUUUUCAAAAAAAUGUAUUUUACCUACCUAAAGCAAGAGUAACUUUUAGUACUAGAAUACCUUAUAAUUUGCCAAAAAUAAUUCAAAAUUAAACACACAAAAACUAAUGCGAUAAAAUCUGUACCAUCUGUGAAUAAGUCGAUAACUCAAAAAUGCAAGCUUUUCGGUAUGGCCACUUUAAACAUUUUAUUAGUUUUGAAGAAUAAAAAAUUUAAGAUUUGACUUAUCCACUUAUUCACGGAUGGUACAGAAAUAUCCGUUGACCUACCCAAAGCGGAUACAUAUGAUCGGUACUAGAAAUUCGCGAUUGAUGAAAUCGAUUCAUCUCUGGAAUAAACGUACUAGUUUUCGUUUUUUGUUUUUGCGUUAAAUCUUAAUAUUUUGAGCCUAGGAAUCUACAGCUAAAUUAUUUCCAAUUAUUAAUGAAACACCCUGUAUAUUGCAAAAUUUAAAUAAAUUGCAAAUUGCAUAAUACAACCUUAGGAACUAAUAAGUUCUGCGUAUAAAACCCAAAUAUAGAUAAUAAUAAUAAACCUAAUUAACUGUAAUAUACCAAAGUCGAAAUAUAGAUUUUAAUUGUUGAGACUCGUUGUUUUAAAACAGAUUCAGUUUUUGCAAGCCAAGGGUAAAUGGAUAUAGAAAAUGAACGUAAACAAAGAAGCUCUUUACUUUAACCUUUAACUACACGCGCUGGCGUAUUUUGUACGCCAGAUAUAAGAAUUCUACUGCAAAUAUAUUUAAAAAUUUAAUUUUUGACCUUGUUUAUGUCUCUAACCUAUCACUGGAAUGUGCUUUACAAUUUGGUUUUAGUUUCGUUAUAAUCGGCGUUCUGGAAAGAUCGUAAUUUACAGUUUAUUAUUUGUUGUUUCCGGUGGUGCACAAUAUGCGCCACGAUUAUAUUAAUAUAAGUAGUAAUAUAAGUACAUAUUUCAAUUGUUUUUUAGUCAUUAUGGCACAAAAUAUAUUUUCCUUUAUAAACAAUCCUUUUCUCCCGUAAAAAAUCACAUUUCAAAAAAUUUUUUAUUAACAAUUUUAUUUAUCAUGGACUCCAGUUAUUCCGUAAUUCCAGUUAUAAAUCCCAAUUGGCUUACUGAGAAGGAACUCCAAGUAUUCACUGAUGCCAAAUAAGGUUUAUAACAAACAACUAAGUGUAUUUUUUCAAAAAAAAAAUAAACAAAUCCGCUGUUAUUGUGUAUUUUCUUGUGGCGUAUAAAGUACGCCACGCGUGUAGUUAUGUCAUAACUUGAUGCGCGGGUAGUUAAAGGUUAACGGCGAGCGACCGGCAAAUACAUAGAUAUACUUAAAUACAAUUUAUAAAUAAAGAACAGAUUACACGAAAAUAUACGCAAACAAUACACAGUGUUUCAAUGUUUCAAAUAUUCAAAGGUAAAGCGAUUACAAAUAUUGCAAUUUGGCAUUAUAUGUCUCACAUACAACCAACGGUGAAUAGACAAUAAAAAGUAGCUUGAUAACAAAAAAGCUCUGUAGUUAUAGAAAUGCGGGAGGCAGAAAAUAGAUAGGUACCUGUACAUCAAUUUAGUUUAUAUGUAUAUAGAUAGAGUAUUCAUUUCACGAAAAUGUCGAUAUCCUAACAAUAUACACUGUUCAAAGCGUUUUAAUAGUGAAAUAAUUGUAGAAUAUUUUUUUUCAAUUUUUUGAAUGGAAUUUUGGGUCGACAUGCCGCGCUGGGGCCCUGAAUGUCGGGCGUCCCGUAUAAUUGAUACGGAGGUAGCUAUGCCUCUGAGUCCUUCCAUAUUAUCCCGGAGGCCUGACUAAAAUUUUCUUUUUGGAAUUAUCCUAAUAUCUCUUUUCUUGUAAGAGCUGCGCAAUUCUUUGUCAAUAAAACCACUGAUUGACUCAUAAACAUAAAUAUCUUAUAUAGAAGUUAGAUUGGUAAGAUUGAAAGGGCCGGCAUGUAACCCAGAUCUCAAUCCUAUCGAGCAUUUAUGGUGUGAAUUGAAAAUAGCUAUUCCCCAUCAUUCUAGGCCUCCAGCAAGUUUGAUACAGUUAUGGCCCUGGUGGAGGAAUGUCGGGCUAUUCCUCAGGCAAGGAUAACACAUCUUAUUUAUUCGAUGUCAACCAGAUUGCGAGCAGUCGUUUCUGCGGGAGGUGGACAUACCCGCUAUUAAAUUGUUUUUGUUGUUAAUUUUGUUUUGUUUUGUUAAUUUUAGUGCGUUUGAUAAUUUUAAUUAAGUAAACCUUCAAAUCAGUGUUUUUAUUUACAGCUUUCACAAGAAAAGAGAUAUUCGGAUAAUUAAAAAAACCAAGAGAUGCCUCCGAGAUAAUACGAAAGCAGUAUGAAACAAAAUCAGGUCUUCAAUUUCCCCCCUUAAAGUUAGUAGAAAAUACAACGCCUCCAUUCACCCCCGUAUAAGACCAUUUAAGCAAAAAUUUUGAUUAUCGGAAUAAUAACAAACAAUAUCAAUACAUGUACCUACAAACUAAUGUAAGAAUCUUGAAAAUCGGAGAACAUAUUACAAAGUUAUAAAUUGUCAAACUUAAUCAAAAAUUUUUAGGGACGGAAUUUUGUACCGGUGAGUGUAGAUUAGUUUUAGGUAGCAAAUAACUAUAAAAUUAUAUACGAUUACAUAAAAAAUACUUUGUCGGUUUUGCCUGUGACAAUGAUAACAUUGACACUUAAUUUAUAUAAAAGUAGUAGUAUUUCGUUGUGUAGUGUAAAGUCCUAGUGUAAUUAAAUUAUUUAUUUUUAACUUCAACGUCUCGCCCAGUAAGUUAGCAAUUUUAUAAUUUAUUAUUCGAAGUAGGUAAAACAUUUAAAAUAUGAACAGACAAAAAUUUUUUGACUGGUAUCUAGCAGAAACUGUUAAGAUAAUCAGCAACUAUUAUUACAACUAGCUCCCCUUCCCCUGAAAGAAAGAGUAGGUUAAUUAAGACUCCACUAUAAUUGAGCCAAAAGGGCAGAAUUUUUGCCACUACAAUUUAAAAUUUCCCUUAUUUUAAUGUUGUUCUGCAGCUAUUUUCUUGUGGCAUUUUUAUAAUCAAGUAUAUUCAAAUGGGAAAUAAGCCACAAUUUUACCUAAAAAUGAUUUUAUUAACGUUUCGACGCCCAAGUCGGGUGUCGUUGUCAAAAUACAAAAUAAUACUAAAUAAACAAAAAUGUUGUUGUUUAGUAAAAAAUUCUUCUAAUAAUUUAUUUAAUCUGACUCAUUUAUAUCGGCAAUUCAGACACGUAUUAUACAUUUUAAAGUAGACGACUUUAAAAUGAUAUUGCCAAUAUUGAUGAGUUGCGUUCCUGGGACGACUUUAUUAAAAGAUAGUUCAUUCGAUUACAUGAAAUCAAUCCUAACUCAAGAAUAUCCGCCACAAAAAAUCAUAGCAUGUGAUCUGUCUUUAAAAAGACAACCAAAUGCAACGGUGGCACUGAAAUUCUCGCGUUAGAGAUUCCAUAGUAAAUCACGAGGGAAAACCAGGAAAAACCUCGUGAUACUAUCCCGACAUCGUAAGUAUUUGUGUUUACAUUUAGUUUACUCUCAAAACUAAUACCAAAUUCUGACUUGAUAUUUUAAAUUUUAAAUAAUACUAAAAUACUAAAUAUGUACUAACUCGAUAUGUUACUGAUUUACUAAUUGUGGUAUUUUCUUUCUAUUGACUUCCUCCUUUAAUAUGGGUAACCACAUCCUACUGCAUUCUACCGAGGAAUUUGCGACACAAUUGGUUUCAUUUAGCAUAAUUAGAGCCGCUUCUUUGAUUUUUCUCUUUUUACUAUUGAUAUAAUUGUAUAAUAUAUAAUAUAUAUAAUAUAGUGUCUGAAUUGCCGAUAUAAAUGAGUAAGAUUAAAUAAAUUAUUAGAAGAAUUUUUUACUAAGCAACAACAUUUUUGUUUAUUUAGUAUUAUUUUGUAUUUUGACAACGACACCCGACUUGGGCGUCGAAACGUUAAUAAAAUCAUUUUUAGGUAAAAUUGUGGCUUAUUUCCCAUUUGAAUAUAUUCCCUUAUUUUAUUUGAAAACCUUCAAUUCGGUUAAUAUGUCGUAUUUUAAUACAUCACAUACAAAUAGGCAAUAUAACAUCUUAGACCUCUGGCCCUGUCCCCAAUACCCAAUCGUCAUUUUUCUCGGUCCGUCCAUAGGUUUUUCUCUAUUUUUAUAUCUCUCAUUUCCCGAUUUAUGCCUUCUCUCUAGCUAAGGCGAGGUCAUCCCCUUUUUCCUUCUAUCAUGAGGCUGCCAUGUUAGUAUUUGUUUUACAAGUCGAUCUUCGGGCAUUCUUUGGACAUGUUCAUACCAUCUUAGUUGGUAGUACCAUUAUCUUCUACUAUUUUAUGAUUUACUUGCAUGAUAUCUCUUAUUUUACUGUUAGUAACUCUCUCUUUUAAAGUUUUCCGUUGUAUCGUUCCUUUAUCUGCCAUACUUCACUGAUGUAGGUGAUUAUACUUUUAAUAAUUAUGUUAUACAGGGUGAGUCAUGAGGAACUGUACAUACUCCUACCUCGUAUAGAGGCCCCUAUGGGGAAUAACAAAUGCCCAUUAAAAAGUGUCUGCUCCCAUUGUUUAAUAAUAUACAGGGCGAGUUUCGCAUUUUGACAGAAAUUUUUAUUCGUCAUAAUUUUUGAACGGUCAGAUCGAUGUGUCUCUUAUUUUGGUCAAUCGUUACACUAUUGCCACCUAAUCAACUGAUUUAUUCAAACUAGAAAAAAAUCAGGUCCGGCUUUAAAAAAAUUAGUUCGUUUUGGUCUUAGAAAAAAUUUCACCCUGUAUAAGCUUUUUGAAAACUGUAAUAUGAAUUUUACAAAUUAGACAAAUAGGCAAUUAAAAUAACAUAUUUAUUUUUUUCCGCACACGAUUGCUUAAUUUUUUAUAAAAAAAUCAAAUUUGAUUAUGAAUUAAAAGUUUGGUAAAGUGAACCAUAGAUUUAACAAAAUUAACUUUUAUUACCAAAAUUAUUUUUUUUUGAACAAAUAUUUAAUUUAUGUUACCACCAAUCAACUGAUUUAUUCAAACAAGAAAAAAUCAGGCCCGGAUUUUCAAAAAUAAGUUCGUUUUGGUCUUAGAAAAAAUUUCACCCUGUAUACGCUUUUUGAAAACUCCAAUAUGAUUUUUACAAAUUAGACAAAUAGGCAAUUAAAAUGGCAUAUUCAUUUUUUUCCCUACACGAUUACUUAAUUUUUUAUAAAAAAAAUCAAAUUUGACUAUGAAUAAUUAAAAGUUUGGUAAAGUCAACCAUAGAUUAAAAUAAAAAUAACUUUUAUUACAAAAAUGAAUUUUUUUUGAACAAAUAUUUAAUUUAUGUUAUCACCCAAUCAACUGAUUUAUUCAAACUAGAAAAAAAUCAGGCCCGGAUUUAAAAAAUUAGUUUGUUCGGGUCUUAGGAAAAAUUUCACCUUGUAUACGUUUUUUGAAAACUUUAAUAUGAAUUUUACAAAGAAGACAAAUAGGCAAUUAAAAUGGCACAUUUAUUUUUUCCCCACACGAUUACUUAUUUUUUUAUUAAAAAAUCAAAUUUGACUAUGCAUAAAAAGUUUGGCAAAGUUUUUGCAUAGAUUUAAAAAAAAUAACUUUCUUUACAAAAAUUAAUUUAUAAAAACAACGUUUUUCUUAAAAUUAAAAGUUUUACCAUUUUUUUUUCUAUAACACGUCUACAUCUAAAACUUCCCAUAACACUUCUUUUGGACUCGAUAGUUUAACAUAGACGUGAUCAAAUUGAUAAAUUUUAAAAUUUCCACCUAAUUUUUGCGAUUUACAAGUUUGCAACUUUUACAAGAAGAAGACUGAAAGUCUACAACAAUUUUCAUAGUCUUCACAAUGGUAAGAGGUAUGUGCUGUAAAAAUUUCAGAAAAAAAAUAUUAAAAUGGAACAGAGUUGUAGCGAGUUAAACCGUGAGUUCAUUUUUUUUUCAUUUUUAGGUUAAAAUUCCGAUUUUGACAAAUUUGAUUUUUUAAUAAAAAAUUAAGUAAUCGUGUGGGGAAAAAAAUAAAUAUGCCAUUUUAAUUGCCUAUUUGUCUUAUUUGUAAAAUUCAUAUUAGAGUUUUCAAAAAGCGUAUACAGGGUAACAUUUUUUCUAAGACCAAAACGAACUAAUUUUUUAAAUCCGGACCUGAUUUUUCUCUAGUUUGAAUAAAUCCGUUGAUUGGAUGGUAACAUAAAUUACUUAUUUGUGCAAAAAAAUUAAUUUUUGUAAUAAAAGUUAUUUUUUCUUAAAUACAUGGUACCAAACUUUUAAUUCAUAGUGAAAUUUAAUUUUUUUUAUAAAAAAUUAAGUAAUCGUGUGCGGAAAAAAAUAAAUAUGCCAUUUUAAUUGCCUAUUUGUCUAAUUUGUAAAAUUCAUAUUAGAGUUUUUAAAAAGCGUAUACAGGGUGAAAUUUUUUCUAAGACCCAAACGAACUAAUUUUUUUAAAGCCGGACCUGAUUUUUUCUAGUUUGAAUAAAUUAGUUGAUUAGGUGGUAAUAGUGUAACGAUUGGCCAAAAUAAGAGACACAUCGAUCUGACCGUUCAAAAAUUAUGACAAAUACAAAUUUCUGUCAAAAUGCGAAACUCGCCCUGUAUAUUAUUAAACAAUGGGAGCAGACACUUUUUAAUGGUCAUUUCUUAUUCCCCAUAGGAGCCUCUAUACGAGGUAGGAGUAUGUACAGUUCCUCAUGACUCACCCUGUAUAUCCUACGUUUGUUACUAUUUGUUAUUGAUUAGCCUCAAAGUGUAUUAUUUAGAAGGAAUAUUGCUUUUCUUCCCAGGUUGUUUCUUUCUUCAACCGUGUCGUCUAAAUUCGCUUCUUUUGUGAAGAUCAGAUCCAGCUAUUGAUAUAUGUCGCAUGUCUGAUAAUUUCUCCAUCGUCCAAUGCGAAGUCCUGCUGUAUCCCACAGACACAGAUAUAUUCUGUCUUUCUUAUGUUUAUUUCAAGCUCCCUUUUUUAUAUAUGCCAAGCCCCAAUGUGUAUAUAGUAUAGUGGCAUGCAUAUGCGUUUCCAAAGAUUUUGAAUUUGUUCGAGCUAAAUCUUAAAUAAUGUCGGUGAGAGACAACAGCCUCGUUUAAGACACUUCCUGGAUUGAAAUCCCUGGACUAGGCAGUUUCCAAUUUUUACCCUUACUUUAGAUUAGCAUAAAUUUGUUUCGUUGCUCGUACUCAUUCCCAUAGUGUAAUUUGUGGGAUACGUCAAAUGCCUUUCUCAAGUCUACAUACAAUAAAAUAAUGUAGGUACUUCCCGGUUAACGGCAACAUUCUUUUCAGUUAUCCGUGUAAGGCAGAAUAAAUGGUCAAUGGUUGAUCUACCUGCCCUGAAUCCUGCUUAUUAUUCGGUUUCUAUAUAUUUUUAUUCAUUUUCUAUUCCAUGAACUAAAUACGGUCGAUAUAAGGUUUUACUUGAUAUCAUACGUUAUACCAAGUUUGAUUAAAGUGGGCUGAAUAGUUUCACAGACUUGAAUUUUUUGUACACAUAUACAGGGUGAUUGAUUAGUGUGAGGAAGCUCAGUAGAUCUGUUAUAGUAAAAAUUGCAAAAAAAAGUUAUUAACAAAAAUUGUAGGCAGCUUUAAACUCCACAUUUUAAAAUUAGUUACAAUCUUACAGGGUGUUCCAUAAGAUAGUGGCAGAUCAAAAUUAUGUUUUUUUAAAUGGAACACCCUGUAUUUUAUUUUAAAUUUGAAAUCUGCUUUACUUCCACAUCACAACAAUGUAAAGUUUUAUUAUGUUAUACCGGGUAUUUAAAAAGUUAUAACCAAUAUUACCUGAAAAUCGUAUCAAGUUUAACUCCCUGUAUAAUUAAAAAGGAGUGUAGGAACAUUAAUCUAUUGCAACCAUAGUUUUUUAAUAAUUAUUAAAAAUUAUAAAACAUAUUCGUUUUUAUAAUAUUCGGUAAAUCAAAUACAGGGUAAGAAGUCAAAAUGCAAGUACAUUAUUUUCUUGGUAAUUUUAAAUAGAACACCCUGUAUUUUAUAUCACUAUCGAAAAGUACUAAUAUCGUACUUCAAAUUUUAUGAAGUACUCCCUAUACCUAAAGUUAUCAGUUUUCUAGAUAUUUUUAUUUUUCCAUCAAAGUAUUAAUUUGGUAGAUAUUUUAACGUUUACCAAUAAUUAUUGUGAGUUGGCCAGGCCAUGAUUGAUUUGUCAGAAACUGACAGUUUGGCAUUAAUUAGUAAUUUUAACUUAUCUUACUUAAGUAAGGUGUUCAAAAUGGCCUCCCAAAACAUCUAUGCAUACUUGAAAGCGGUCAUUGAAAGAGUUGCUUACAUUAGUAAGCAUUUGUAAAGAAAUAUUUUGAAAUGCAAUUCGGAUUCUAUUUUUCAUAUCAUCCCUUGUUGUUGGAGGUAUUUUAUAUACUUCGUUCUUAACGUAACCCCAAAAAAAUGAUUUUAUUGAAAUCUGGUGACCUUGAGGGCCACCUUACCGGUCCAUCCCUUCCGAUCCAUCUUUCACCAAACUGAUCAUUAAGUUCACCACGUACUAAUUCGUUGUGGUGCGCAGGAGCACCGUCAUGUAGAAACCACAUUUGUUCACGUAUAUUAAGUGGAACCAACUUCUAAUAAUAUCGGUAACUGAUUUACGAUAAAAUCUAAAUAAAUCUCACCAUUUAAGUUAUCUUCAAAAAAAUAUGGUCCUAUUACAUGGUUACCGACGAUACCUCCCCACACAUUUAGAGACCAUCUUGUUUGACUAUGUGUUACUAUGUGGUAUGGAUUACUCGUUGAAUAGUAGUGAAAGUUAUGACUAUUAACAGAACCGUUUCGAUGGAAUGUAGCUUCAUCAACCAAUAGGACAUAAUCAAAAAAAUCUCUCUGCUCAUUAAUUUUUUCUAAGGCCCAUUCACAAAAUACUAGUCGUUUCUGAAAAUCAUCAUUAUUUAAUUCUUGGUGCUUUUGAAUAUAAGGGUGCAUCUUGUUUUUAGAUAGAAUGUUUUGAACAGAGUAGUAACUAAGUUCUUGUUCACUGGAAAUACUCCUUAUACUUGUGUGUGGGUUUUCUGUAACUUCCAUCAACACUCAUUUCGUUUUCCUCUGUCACACUAGUGUUUGUUCGUUUAUGUUUUUCAAAAUUCACUGAACCAGUGCGGUUAAAUCGAUCUUUCAAUUUUUCAAAUGUAUCUUGUCUAGGUUGCCGCCUAUCUGGAAACGGUUCUUGAUAAAUGCUAGCUGAUGCUAGUAAUGAAUUUUUAUUGCAUUCCCCCAAAAUCCAGAUCAUAUCUACCAUUUCAUCAGUAGUAAAAUUCAUUAUUGCUAAUUUAAAUUGAAUUAAUUACUGAAUUACUAAAUAAUAAUUGUUUCUAAUUUACGGUGUAUCCCAAUACUGAAUUAAUAAACAAUAAUGUCAAACUGUCAGUUUCUGACAAAUCACUCAUAGCCAACUCACAAUAAUUAUUGGUAAACGUUAAAAUAUCUACCAAAUUAAUAUUGUGAUGGAAAAAUAAAAAUAUCUAGAAAACUGAUAACUUUAGGUAUAGGGAGUACUUCAUAAAAUUUGAAGUACGAUAUUAGUACUUUUCGAUAGUGAUAUAAAAUACAGGGUGUUCUAUUUAAAAUUACCAAGAAAAUAAUGUACUUGCAUUUUGACUUACCCUGUAUUUGAUUUAACGAAUAUUAUAAAAACGAAUAUGUUUUAUAAUUUUUAACAAUUAUUAAAAAACUAUGGUUGCAAUAGAAUAAUGUUCCUAUACUCCUUUUUAAUUAUACAGGGAGUUAAACUUGAUACGAUUUUCAGGUAAUAUUGGUUAUAACUUUUUAAAUACCCGGUAUAACAUAAUAAAACUUUACAUUGUUGUGAUGUGAAAGUGAAGCAGAUUUCAAAUUUAAAAUAAAAUACAGGGUAUUCCAUUUAAAAAAACAUAAGUUUGGUCUGCCACCAUCUUAUGGAACACCCUGUAAGAUUGUAACUAAUUUUAAAAUGUGGAGUUUAAAGCUGCCUGCAAUUUUUGUCAAUAACUUUUUUUUGUAAUUUUUACUAUAACAGAUCUACUGAGCUUCCUCACACUAAUCAAUCACCCUGUAUAAAGAUCCUGUUAUGAUGAUUAUUAUACAGGGUGAUUGAUUAGUGGGGUAGCGGAUCAAUAGAUCCGUUAUAGUAAUAGCUAGCAAUAAAAGUUAAUAAUAAAAAUUUUAGCCACCUUUGAGCUUCAUAUUACAAAAUUAGCUAGAAUGUUACAAGGGUGUUCGAUAACACAGUGGCAGACCAAACUUAUGUUUUUUAAAUGAAACACCCUAUAUUUUAUUUUAAAUUCGAAAUCCUGUUAGCUUCUCCAUUACAAAAAUAUAUAGGUUUGUUAUGUUAUACAGGGUAUUUACAAAGUUAUAACCAAUUUUGUGUGAAAAUCGUAACAAGUUCAACUUCCUGUAUAAAUAAAAAUACGCACAACAGCAAUGGUUUAUUAAUGCCAUAUUUUUUUAUUUAUUGCCAACAUUUUCAAAAAUUAUUGACAUUGCUAAUUUUCUUUAUAUCAAAUACAGGGUGAGUCAAAACGCAAGUACAUCAUUUUAUCGGUAAUGUUAAAUGGAACACCCUGUAUUUUAUAUCAUCAUUGAAAAGUAACAUUACCGUACUUUAAUUUUUAUAUAACAUUCCCUGUGUCCAAAUUUAUUAGUUUUCGAGAUAUUUUAAUUUUUUAGUGCAAAUUAUUUUAGGUGUCUAAAUUUAUCUAAAUUUUAAGUAAGCCAUCACUGAAUUGACAAUUGACGAUUACUGGUUAUUAAUCCGGUAAUUAAUGUAACAAUGUAGCAAAUAAAGAAAUAAAAAUAAUUUAUUAGUAAUACAUUUUCCAAAAAAAAAACACAACCACAACAUGCAACAUUUUUGAAACAAUUAAAAACUACUUUUUUAUGUAAUUGUAACAAAUAAAGAAAGAAAAUUAGUAAUAAAUUUUACAAAAAAACACACAACCACAAAAUACAACAUUUUGUGAAGUCAAUUAAACACUACUUUUUAUGUAAAUGUAACAAUGUAACAAAUAAAGAACGAAAAAUAAUUUAUCAGUAAUACAUUUUGCAAAAAAAACAUGUUUAAAAAAAUUAGAAGCUACUUUUAAUAAACUAUUUUUAAUAUUUAAUUACAUAAGGUGUUCAAAAUUACCUCCUAACACAUUUAUGCACGCCUAAAAACGAUCAUUGAAUGAGCUACUUACUCUACGAAGCAUUUGUAAAUUAACGCAUCGAAAUACACUUUGCAUUCUAUUUUUCAUCUCAUCCCUUGUUGUUGGAGGAAUUUUAUAAACUUCAUCAUUAACGUAACCCCAAAAAAAUCAGUCCAGUUUAUUAAAUUCUGGUGAUUUGGGUGGCCACGCUAUUGGUCCAUUGAAAAAUGAAAAUAUCUCGAAAACUAAUAAAUUUAGACAUAGGGAAUGUUAUCUAAAAAUUAAAGUACGGUAAUAGUACUUUUUAAUUGUAAUAUAAAAUACAGGGUGUUCCAUUUAAAAUUACUGAGAGAAUAAUGUACUUGCGUUUUGACUCAACCUGUAUUUGAUAUAAAGAAAAUUAGCAAUAUCAAUGAUUCUUAAAAAUUUUGACAAUACGAAAAAUAAUAUGGCAUUAAUAAACCAUUGCUGUUUUGCUUAUUUUUAUUUAUACAGGGAGUUAAACUUGUUACGAUUUUCAUAUAAAACUGGUUAUAACUUUGUAAAUACCCUGUAUAACAUAACAAAUCUUUAUAUUUUUGUGAUGGAGAAGUUAACAGGAUUUCGAAUUUAAAAUAAAAUAUAGGGUGUUCCAUUUAAAAAAACAUAAGUUUAGUCUGCCACUGUGUUAUCGAACACCCUGUAACAUUCUAAUUAAUUCUAAAAUGUGAAGCUUAAAGUUGGCUACAAUUUUUGUUAUUAACUUUUAUUGCUAUCUAUUACUAUAGCGGAUCUAUUGAGCUUUACCCCAGUAAUCAAUUACCCUGUAUGUAACACUGGCACCACCCGUUAGCAAAUCUAUAAAAAACUGAACUAGUUUUUUCACGGACAGACAGGCGGAAGUUAUUUGUAAAUUAUUUUAUAGGAUUAGUGGUUAAAACAAAAUUAGACUGUAUGUACAAUAAAAUUUAAUGCAUUGAUGUAGGUAUAAUAAAUAUUUAAUUUUCAUGUGAUCACUAAUUUCACACAUUGUUUCAUUGUUCAAUGUUAUACAACGGUUAUAUUCUUAUAUUUUGUAUCAUUUUAUCAUCACUAGUUCUUUAUUUAUAAGGUUCUUAUUACCAAUAAAUAUUUAGUUUUUAUUAUGAAUCCAUCUAAAAAACCAUUCUAAAAACAAUAAUAUUCCAAGCUCAUACAAUCAUUAACUUAAAAAACCCAAAUUAAAUAAUUUACCAAGGUAGGUUUGAAGAGUAUUUAAAAUAUUUGAGUAUUAGGUUUUCAUUUUGUAUUUUCCUUUUAAAUAAUAUUUCGUAGCUUUACAAUAAGAAAUAAUACAUGUUACUAUAUUGUUGAUAUACAAUAUUUUACAAUGUAUAUGACUGUUUGAUGCCCCCAGGUAAUGUGAUAAACUAGAUAAAAAUGCAAACUAUACUUUAUUCAAUAAACAUAGUUUAAAUACCAAAGCCUAUUUUAUGUAUUAAUUCUGAUGUGAAAUAAAGUACAUCCAAUGUUUCA